AUGGACGUGGUGCACACCGUAGCGGUGCACCCUUGCCCCAGCCUUAAACAGAGACCCCGAGCCUCUCAUCCUCUUCCCAGCACUUCUUCUCUCCUCUAUCUCUCUGAGGACCUCCCGAUGCAAGAACCUGCUCCAUCUCUAGACACCGUCUGCGGCUACGUGGAACCCGCCUCCAGCCACGUCGUCGACGACAGUGAACCCGUCUGCAUGUCCGCGUUGACGCCGGGAGGCCGUCCCCGCAUCCGCGCGUCGCCACCUCCGCCUUCAAGCAACUGCCGGCAAACGCCUCCGCUCUGCACCGCCCCGCCCCUACGCUGCAUGCGCGGCUAA